GCCCCAGCAGUGCCACCUGUUAGUGUCCAUCAGUGCCUUAUGUCAGUGCUCAUCAAUGCCACCUGCCAGUGCCCAUCAUGCCACAUAUCAGUGCCUACCAGUGCACAUCAAUGCCACAUAUCAGUGCCCAUCUGAGCUUCCUUUCAGUGUCACCCAUCAGUGCCAGUCAGUGCCACUUAUCAAUGCCAAUCAGUGCCGCCUAUCAGUGUUGCCAAUCAGUGCCAUCUAUCAGUGCCAGUCAGUGCUGCCUAUCAGUGCACAUCAGUGCCGCCUAUCAGUGCCUGUCAGUGCCGCCUAACAGUGCCAGUCAGUGCUGCCUAACAGUGCCAGUCAGUGCCGCCUAUCAGUGCCAGUCAGUGCCGCCUAUUGUGCCAGUCAGUGCCGCCUAUCAGUGCCGCCUAUCAGUGCUGCGUAUCAGUGCCAUGUUUCAGUGCUGCCUUUCAGUGCCCAUCAGUGAUGCCUGUCAAUGCCCAUCAGUGCCACCUACCAGUGCCUCCUCCUCAGUGCCGCCUAUCAGUGUCCAUCAGUGCAGCCUAUCAGUGCCCAUCAGUGCAGCCUCAUUAGCGCACAUCAGUGAAGGAGAAAAAUCACUUAUUUACAAAAUUUUAUAAAAACUAAGAAAAACAUUUUUUUUCAAAAUUUUCAGUGGUUUUUGGUUAGUUUAAGAAAAAAUAA